CGCAUAAGAUACUUUCCUCUGCAUUGGCUGUACGCAGUCGUCUCUUGAACGUCAGCCGCCGUCAGUUCUGUGACGGACAUCUCUGCAGGCGAGGGAGACUUCCUGAGUCUAUGAAUCAUAUCCCUACUGAAUGAAUCAGCUUGAGAAACAUUACUAAGAGCAGUCCUACACACCACCACAGAUCGAGCCAAGGUCUUCAACCGAAACUUGCAAGUGUCUAGAUGUCAGCUAAAGUAGCAACUGGAGCUAUGCAGAGGCCUCAUCCCUACGCGUGCAACACACUCUACCCUCGCUACCCUGCGUACCCCUCCAUGUACGGCCACCCCGGAACUGCGGCCGCUGCCGUCAAUCUCGGCUACGCGACGGUCCCCGACCCCUCCAAAGCGUUCCCCAGCACGGGCCUCGCUGCGGACCUGUACCCGUACUACCGCCAGGGACGUAAGCAAGGAUCCACAGUUGCAGCAGUUCAGCAGCAACUGACGCAGGCCGCCACCGGUAGCUUCUCGGACACUUUCCUCCACAGCUCCGGUCGUCUCCCGCACAAACCACAGAAACCGCCUUUUUCCUACAUAGCACUGAUCACCAUGGCCAUCCAGACCCUCCCCAACAAAAGGGCAACUCUGGCGGAAAUCUGCCAGUUUAUUAGAGACAACUUUCCCUACUAUCGAGAGAACUACAAGCAGGGCUGGGAAAACAGCAUUCGUCACAACCUCUCGCUCAAUGAAUGCUUCCUGAAGCUCCCUCGUGAGCAGGGGAGGCCGGGGAAAGGACACUACUGGGUUCUCGAUCCUGCAGCAAAGCACAUGUUUGACGACGGUUCGUUCCGACGGAGGAAGAGGAGGUUCAAGAAAGGAGACGUGCCGGAUAUGGGGGAUGACGAUGGAGUGAUGUCGAAGCCUUCUUCGCCGGCAGAGCACCAGCACCGUAUCUCCAUGACUGGGGCCGGAGUCGAUCAACUCAUCGAAACAGCCGCACAGCUGAAGCAGAUGACAGUCGCUUCUCCGACAUAUGGACAACAGAUCAUAUCUCCAAGCACUCAGCACAUUCAGUACACCCAGCAGCGUGCCUUUGACUUCUCCUCGCUGAUGCCAACCGCAGUGUCCCACUUUCCCUAUCGUCCACCAGACCUGACUGCAGACCAGGCAAUCAGCAUGACGGCUCCUCUCGGCGGUACCUACAUGGACGGGAUGAGUCUCCCAGUCUCUGCUCAGAUUUACCAGGACACCUCCAUCUCCAGAACAGCAACUGGAGUUAGCGACUACACAGCACACGUCACCCACGGCCAGUCAGGCUGGACUCCAGGCAUACAGCAGAGUGCUCAGCUCCCGGAUCUUUCCGGAGUGACAGCUCAUUCUUGUCCGUCCACCUCAUCAUCAGCUGUAGUAGCAGCCAUGCCAAACAACUUCCACCAGAUUGGCACCACAAAUACCGUCCCACUUGCUUCUCCCCGCAGCAGUAUUUCUGGAGGUAGCUCCCCGCACACCAUCGACCCGCUGUGCUCUUUUCAGCCAGAGCAGGAGCCCACAGCAGCCGAACAUGUCUCCCAGCAUGCCAGCAUAAUCGCCAGCCCGUUCGGGAAACUAGAGAGCACUCUUAGCAUCCCCUCCAUCAAACCCGAGCUCGCAGAACUUCAAGACAUCAAACAUAAUAAUGCAGGUCACUCUGAGAAUGUCUGA